GGGAUUUAGCUGCUAUUUUUAGCUAUCGAUGAGAGAUGUUUUUAAUUUGCGCGUCAUUGGGCUGCUAUUUCUAGCUAUCGAUGAAAGAUGUCUAUAAUUUGCGCAAGAUUUAGCUGCUAUUUCCCGCUAUCGAUGAGAGAUGUCUGAUUUGUGUGAGAUUUAGCUGCUCUUUCUAGCUAUGGAUGAGAGUUGUCUAUGAUUUUUGCGAGAUUUGGCUGCUAUUUCUACCUGUGGAAGGAAGGUCGCCAUUAUUUUUUUUCAUAUUCGUUUUCUACAUAUUUGUUAACACCCACCAGGCUGGUUUAUUUAUUUAUUUUUUUGUUCCCGGGGGAAGAUCUUUAUAUUGACCCCCACCUCCUACAUUGUCCAUCGUUGCUGCUUUGAAAAUUGAAAAAUGUCUUCACCUUCAGGGAUGCAAUAAUGCAUUACCAGCACAGGUUAUGUUUAGGCGGGACCGCACCUGAAAGGACAAUGUGUAGAUGAUGGUGAUUUUACUUAGUUUGAUGUCUUAUCAAGUAUAGUGAAUCACCACAUCUCCCAUUCCCUUCUCAACAAAUCAUUAUGUCUCUUGAAUUAUUAAGUUGCUAAGAACGUCAGAUGACAUUGAUGUAAAGGAAGAAACUAAAGGAUAACACAACAUAAAACAAGUCGGAUUGUUUUUACAAAUCUGUGGUAGAAUUCCUGUGAAACAUUUGCUCUGAAAAAAUAUUAUUAGCCAAAUUUCUGAACAUCACCAAGAAGAGAAGCUUGUGUGCUGAUUGAAGUUGGAUAAAUUUAUGUAAAUGUUGCUAAAUGGACAGAAAUACCACAGUAGAAGUGUUUGUAAGAAAUAAAGAAUAAGAACAAAAAGAAGAAAAAUAUAUAAACUGGGAUUUGAGAGGAAAAGUAAUGGAAAAGUGUGAGAAAAGUAUACAGUUGAUUUCCCCUGAACACGUAAAAGAAAUGAGAUCAUAUGACUGUGAUAUCUGUACAAAGUCUUUUUCUCAAAAAAGUGAUCUAAUUAUGCACAAACGUACUCAUACAGGAGAGAAGCCAUACCACUGUGAUAUCUGUGGUAAAGCAUUCUCUGUUAGUAGUGCUGUAACUAGACACAAACGUAUUCAUACAGGGGAGAAACCAUAUCACUGUGAUAUCUGUGGUAAAUCAUUCUCUCAAAAUCGUGACUUAACUAGACACAAACAUAAUCAUACAGGAGGUAAACCGUAUCAUUGUGAUGUCUGUGGUAAAUCAUUCUCUGAUAAUAGAGCUUUGAUCUCACACCAACGUGUUCAUACGAAGGAAAAGCCAUAUCACUGUGAUAUCUGUGGUAAAUCAUUCUCUGAAUGUAGUAAUCUAACUGCACACAAACGUAUUCAUACAGGAGAGAAACCAUAUCAUUGUGAUAUCUGUGGUAAAACAUUCUCUCAGAAUAGUCAGUUAACUGCACACAAACGUUUACAUACUGGAGAGAAACCAUUUCACUGUGACAUCUGUGGUAAACUGUUUUCUCACAGUAGUCAUGUAAAUAAACAUAAACGUAUUCAUACAGGAGAGACGCCAUAUCACUGUGAUAUCUGUGGUAAAUCAUUCUCUGAUAGUAGUGCCUUGAUUUCACACAAACGCAUUCAUACAAAGGAGAAGCCAUAUCACUGUGAUGUCUGUGGUAUAUCAUUCUCUCAGAGUAGUCACUUAGCUGCACACAUACGUAUUCAUACAGGAGAGAAACCACAUCAUUGUGAUAUCUGUGGUAAAUCAUUCUCUGUAAAUAGUUUGGUGACUAGACACAAACGUAUUCAUACAGGAGAGAAACCCUAUCACUGUGUUGUCUGUGGUAAAUCAUUCUCUAACAGUAGUCAGUUAACUAAUCACAAACAUAUUCAUACAGGAGAGAAAGGAAAAGUGUAAUUUCUACAGUUUCUUGUUUGCUAUAUAUUUUUAACAUUCCUGUGUUUUAUGCAAUGGAAUUAUAACUCUAAAAGCAUUUCCAAAAUUUUAGAUGAACACUCAUCCAUUUUCCUUUCCAUAAUGUAAGGACCCCUAGCCAAAAACUCUCCCUCUUCCUGAUGACCCUACACAUUACUCUUUAUUAAAUAUUGCAUUCUCAUAUUACAGUAUAUUUAUUGUUUAUUAGCUUUUAAAUGCUUCACUCAUUAAAUAUUUCAUACAAUAA